AUGCCAUCAAUUGUUGCUGGUAUAGAAAUGGGUGGUACUGGAUGUAAAGUCGCUAUAAGUAAUGAAAAUGGACAAUACGAUAAUAAUUAUUCAUUACAAAUUGUAACAACAGAUCCUGAACAUACUUUACGUGAAAUCUAUGAAUGGUUAGAAUCGAAAAGAUCUGAACGACCAUUUGUCGCUAUUGGUAUUGCUUGUUUUGGACCUGUUGACCUGGAUAAAACAAGUAAACACUACGGAUAUAUUACAACAACUCCAAAACCUGGUUGGCAAUAUGUAAAUGUUGUUGGCGCAUUUAGAGGUUUGAAUGUACCUGUAGCUUUUGAAACUGAUGUCAAUGCACCAGCAAUGACUGAAGCUGCACUUCGAGGUGAUUCAUCAGCAGCCUAUAUUACUAUUGGAACAGGUGUAGGUGUUGGUCUUGUUCUUGAAGGUCGUCCUGUUCAUGGUUUGAUGCAUCCAGAAGGUGCUCAUAUUAAAUGUGAACGUUUUGCUGGUGAUGAUUAUGCUGGUGAUUGUCCAUAUCAUAAUUCAUGUAUUGAAGGAAUGUCAAAAGCAAAAGCUGUUGCCGAUCGUCUUAAAAUCUCUCCAAAUCUUUUAAGUAAAAUUCCAGAUGAUGAUCCUGUAUGGAAUAUUCAAGCAUAUUAUAUUGCACAAUUAUGUGCAUCAGUUAUUUAUUUAACAUCCGUCAAACGUAUUAUUAUUGGUGGUGGUUUAACAAAACGAAAUGGCCUAUUUGAACAUAUACGAAAACAUGUCUUACAAAUAUUAAAUAGUUAUUUAGAUAUACCAGCAAUCACAAAUGAUAUUGAUAAUUAUAUUGUUCCAUCAAAACUUGGUGAUUUGAUUGGUAUUCAAUCUGCUUUUGAUAUAGCACAAGGUAUUAUUGAGAAAAAAUAA